AUGGCGAAACGCAAGGCACCUGAAGAACUCUCCACUAAUUUGAAUACUAUCAAAGCUCGCAACCGCGUCUCCAACCUUACUGAAGAUGAGAAGGCUGUUCAUUUAGCACUCAAGGCUGACCAUGGCGAUCUGAGCUACUACUUAAAGAAGUUAUACAAGUCUGCAAAGUAUAUCGCUGCCUCUGUUGAAGACAAGACACGUCUACAGAAUGAAUUGAAGGUUGAGCGACUGAAAAAGGGCACCCAUGCAUCUUGCAUUGCGAAUCAGAAAGUCAAGAAUACUAGCGCCCCUUCUUCUUCUCCACAAGCCCCACCAUCUACUCCGCCACAACUUCUGUCUGAGCUUGCUGCAUUUGAGGGUAUCACCAGUAUCCCAAUCGAUGACGAUCAUAACAGCGAAUGGGAGGAUACUGAGGUUGAAGACGAUUUAGAGUUGGAGCUUAUGUUACGGCGCGACGAUAUUUUAAAUGACGAGGCUGUUCUACCAGAUGAGCUUUCUGAUGAAGAGAUCGCUAGCAUCCAGGCUCUCUUAACUCAAGCACGCAUUGAUGCCCAUGAAGAGUCCAAUUUCCGCAAGUGGCAACAUUUCUGGGAUAGCUGUAUCCGCUCAUAUACGAGAAAGGCUGGAAAGCUGAGAAAGAAGCCUGAGCAUCUCUUUGAAUAUAUGCCAUGGAUUGAUGUAGAAGAAGGCACUUUUCACAACGUUAUCCCACCACAUAAAUAUUUCUGUUUGUACGAGCAGGCAGUUUGGACAAACUUUACAGCUUGGAAGUUUGGAAAGUGGGCCCAAUUACCAGGACCUGCGCAGUGGUACCCAAAGUCUUACAAUCUUGUCGACAACGGAUGGUUACAAGUCUCCACUCAUAGUUCUAGCUUCAAAGAGGCGUUCUUACUUGUCUACUCUAAGAAAUUUGAUAAGGAAAAGUGGGCUAAAGUAUCAGCUGCACAGGAUAUGUUGUUUCUGGAGUUAGAGUAG